AUGUGCAGAGUGGUCGUGGGGCCUCUUAUGAACUGUUUUCGGAGUAAAAAUCUUCAUUUAGUCAAAUAUUUAUUUACUGUUUUAACUAAUGUUGACCCCUUUCGUUACUUAGAACAAAGAAGACAAAAAUUCAAGGAACAUCUGUUAAGAAGAAAAACAGUUUUUGCACACAAACAGGAAAAUCAGAUAGUAUCCAGUAGUAGAGGCCAGAGAGUGAUGACUCCUGAGGUCCAGGUUGAAGAAAGGAAAAAUGUUCAGAAACUUAAAACAGAAAUGGCUGAUAAAGAAAAUGCCAGUAGACCCACAGUGAGCAAAAAUGAUGCAGUAAUGGGGAAAAAAUGCAUUCCUUUAAAACCUUCAAAUGAAUUAACCAAUUCAACUACCCCAGUUGCUACACAUAAUUUUGAUGAUGCCAAUCAAACUCUGCAGUUGUUAUCGAUUAAAGAUGAUCCCCCAAAUCAACAUAUGACAUUAAGCCAGGCAUUUCACUUUAAGAAUAAUAAUAAAAAGAAACCAAUCACUACAGAAAAACCAAAGCAAGAUGUUAAUGUGCCCAAGAAACCUAUCCUUGGAUCUUAUCGUGGCCAAAUUGUGCAGUCUAAGGUUAAUUCAUUUAGAAAACCUCUACAAGUCAAAGAUGAGAGUUCUACAACAACAAAGAAACUUUCAACUACUGUCUCUAAAGUCACAAAGCCUCAACCUGUAAGUAUCAGCACUGUAACAGUAAAAAGUGGCAGAUCCUCAAAUCUGUCCACUACCACUAAAUCUGUGAGCACUACAUCCCAGAGCACACAACUUGUUCGACCUCCUAUAAGAAAUCACCACACUAAUACCUGGGAAACAGUGAAACAAGGAAUCAGUAGGACCUCUGCCAAUGUUACAAUCCGUAAAGGGCCUCGUGAAAAAGAAUUAUUACAAUCAAAAAAGCUUUUAUCUAGUGUCGCAACCAGUUCUUCUGAGGACAUAAAAAGAAUUAAGCCACCAUCAAGAAGCAUCACAUCUGAAAUUGUAGCCAGGCCUGCUUCAUCUUCUAAUACCAAACUAAUAGAAAAGUCAAAAUCCAUUGAGCAGCGAAGACACACUAUAGCAAAAGUAACUACUGAUAGUAGAUCAGCCCAGCCCAAAGAAACAGCAGAAGAGAGAAAAGCUCGUCUGAGUGAGUGGAAAGCCAACAAAGGAAGAAUGGUGAAAAGGCCACCUAAUUCAGUGGUUACCCAGCCUGAGCCUGAAGCACAAAAUCAAAAACCAGUUGGGUCCUUCUGGACUACCAUGGCAGAAGAAGACGAACAAAGAUUAUUUACUGAAAAAGUGAAUAAGACAUUUUCUGAAUGCCUGAACCUGAUUAAUGAGGGAUGCCCAAAAGAAGAAAUAUUGGUCACACUGAAUGACUUGAUUAAAAAUAUUCCAGAUGCUAAAAAACUUGUUAAAUAUUGGAUAUGUCUUGCACGUAUUGAAUCAAUUACAAGUUCUAUUGAAGAUAUUAUUGCAAUUUAUGAGCAAGCCAUUCUGGCAAGGGCUCAGCCUAUUGAAGAGAUGCGACAUGUGAUUGUAGAUAUUAUCACAAUGAAGAAUCAAGAAAAAGAAAAGGUUAAUUUGGAGAAAAAUACUGAAGAUGAUUGUGUAACCCAAGAACAAAUCCAAGAAGUUGACACUGAAUAUGUAGGUGUAAAUCUACAGCUAGGAAAACCAGAAACGGAGAAUAAACAUCAUCGAAAUGUGGUAUUUCAGGAUUGUGAAAAGGAGCAAGAUGACAAAACAAAAGAGUCGACCUGUGAUGUUAAAACUCCUAAUACAGAAACUAGGGCGGGUUGCUUAAUAAAAUAUAAUGUGUCUACUACUCCAUACUUGCAAAGUGUAAAGAAGAAGGUGCAAUUUGAUGAAAUAAAUUCUACAUUUAAAGAGCUGAAAUUCUUGACACCAGUGAGAAGAUCUCAACGUCUUCAAGAGAAGACUUCUAAAUUGCCAGAUAUGUUAAAAGACCAUUACCCUUGUGUGUCUUCAUUGGAGCAGUUAACAGAGUUAGGAAGUGAAACAGAUGCCUUUGUAUGCCGCCCUAAUGCAGCACUGUGCCGGAUGUACUCCGAGAAUGAAACAGCAGAAGAAGCAUGAAACUAUGAUAAGGAAUGGGGUUUUAUUACUGGUGUUCAGUUUGGUUUUGUAUGGCUUGUGUUUCUCUUAGGCCUGGGGUUGGCCAAGGACCUAAGUGGUCAAGUAUUCAUGGCAGUGAGCUCUUUACAGAGACUGUGUAGCAGGAGUUGCCCUUCUGUGCACUGGAAAGCUAAUCCUGCUCCCGGUCUCAACAGCUUUUCUUUAAGAUGGGUAAAUUUUGUCAGCUUGUUUCUAUAUUCCUUAAAUAUAAACAGGUUUUGGCAUGUUAUUUGUUCACUUACUAAAUAUAAGUACUAAUGAUUCAUAGUCAGAAAAUGAGGUGUUCUAAAUAAAAUUUGGUUUUGCAUUGACAUGUUUUAAAAUUUUAUGAUAUACUUUUCCUGCCUUUAAACAUAAUACUUUUUUUUUUGCCUUUCUUUGUUUGACAGAAAAGUCAAAAAUUGUUAUGUGUAGAGUGACUUUCUUCAAAUAUUAAAACACAAAAUGUUUAGCUUGCAUUUUCACCAAAUUUAUGAUACCCAGUUUGGGCUCUGUUGCUUCCUCUGGACUGUUUAUGAUUCUUUACUGCCACUUUUCAUCAGUGACAAUGAGUCUCUGUGAUCUCUUAGCAUCUUUCUUUUGACUCUAAGGUCACCAAAAAGUAUAUAGUGUCCUGUUAAUAAAUCUCCCUUUUCUAAGAGAAGGUACUCUGUAUAAGAAAGAAAAGGUGACAUAUUUAGUAGAUAUUCAUAGCUACAUCUAAUCUGAGUUCCUUUUUUAACUUGACUAUCUAAAAUGUUAAC